CGCGGAGAAAGAAGAAGACGACUUGUUGCUCGCGAGGAGGACAAGAUUCCACACCUGGGAAAUAUUUUUUUGCUGUCGUGCGCGCGCUUUGUCCACUUUGCCUUUUUUUCUUUUUCUCUUUUUUUAAAUUUUAUUUAAAAAAAAAAUACAUUUAAAAAAAACAUUUUGUUGUGUUUUGUUCCCGCACGAAAACUCGACGAGCGGCUCAGCAUCUUCAGCUCACUUUGGCAGUUUGAAUGACAGGACUCGUCUUCAGUGGACGAUGCAGUAGACCAUCAUCAUCAUCCUCAUCCCGUCCAUCUCUGGUGUCCGAUGGUGGACCGCCUGCAGUUGGCGUCGUCUCCCGGGCUGGACGGCGAGCCUCUGGCGCUGCUGCAGUUUCAGGAAGUGGACUCCAGCAAGGCCUCAGAGCUACAGAGCUCGCCGCCGCCCCCGCACACCACCUACAGCCCGCCGCCGGGCGUCGAUGGCGGGCACACGCUGUGCGUCAACUCGCCCUACACCGACGGUAACCAUGACUACGGCCACGCCACCCUGGCCUUCUUCGGGCCGUCUGUGCUGAGUUACGGUCGAGCGCCCGCUGGCGACGAGCCGUCUGCCUUCUGGUCCGAGCCUCCGCUCGCCCUGCACCGACCCCAGUGUCUUGCUUACGACAACGCCGGCCCCCACUGGAUGGACCCCAAGGGCCUCGCCGCCAGCAGGGUAAUGUGUGUAAAAAGAAAAGCUGUGGGUGACUUGCGGCGGGUGGAGUUUACCGGCUUACCGGACUUUAUAAGUGCCGUCCUGGCUUGUCCAAAAAUGAUGGCCAAGAGAUCCGAGGGCGGCGUGUGCGGCGGUGGUGCCAAGUCGGACACGCACUUCUGUGCCGUCUGCCACGACUACGCAUCGGGAUAUCACUAUGGAGUUUGGUCCUGCGAGGGCUGCAAGGCUUUCUUCAAGAGGAGCAUUCAAGGACACAAUGAUUACAUCUGUCCUGCCACCAACCAGUGCACCAUCGACAAGAACCGCCGCAAAAGCUGCCAAGCCUGCCGCCUCCGAAAAUGCUACGAAGUCGGCAUGAUGAAGUGCGGCGUGAGGCGCGAGCGCUGCAGCUACCGCAGCGUCCGCCACCACCGCCGGGGGGCGUCCAGCCCCGUGGUCUGGCACGGCCAGGCAGUGGCGGUGCCGGCCCGGGCGGGGCGUCACCUGCACCUGGAGGCCCCGCUGGCCCCGGCCCCCCAGAUGAGCCCCGAGGAGUUCAUCACGAGGAUCAUGGAGGCGGAGCCGCCUGACAUCUAUCUGAUGGAGGAGCUGAAGAAGCCGUUUACCGAGGCUAGCAUGAUGACGUCGCUCACCAACCUGGCCGACAAGGAGCUGGUCCUCAUGAUCAGCUGGGCCAAGAAGAUACCAGGUUUUGUGGAGCUGAGUCUGUGCCACCAGAUCCAGUUGCUGAAGUGCUGCUGGUUGGAGAUCCUCAUGUUGGGCCUCAUGUGGCGAUCGGUCGACUAUCCCGGGAAGCUCAUCUUCUCGCCCGACUUCAAACUCAACAGGGAGGAGGGCGAGUGUGUGGAGGGAAUCACGGAGAUCUUCGACAUGUUGCUGGCGGCAACGUCCCGAUUCCGAGAACUCAAACUUCAACGUGAAGAAUACGUCUGCUUGAAGGCCAUGAUCCUCCUCAACUCAAACGUUUGCACGAGUUCUCAGACGGCGGAAGAAUUCGCCAGCAGGAAUAAACUUUUGCGUCUUUUGGACAUCGUGAUCGACGCUCUGGUUUGGUCCAUUUCUAAGACGGGUCUUAGUAGCCAGCAGCAGACGCUGCGCCUCGGACACCUCACCAUGCUCCUCUCCCACAUACGACACGUCAGCAACAAGGGCAUGGACCACCUGUCCAGCAUGAAGCGGAAGAAUGUGGUCUUGGUCUACGACCUCCUCCUGGAGAUGUUGGAAGCCAAUACGUCAGGCGGCCCGCAGACGCCUGACGUCACAGCGUCCGACGCAUACGCCCGCCGCUUGGUCUGUCGCCCGGCUGACGCGCCCCCUGCCGGACCUGCCCGGGACCCGAAGGUGACGUCCGGCGUGGCGCUCGCUCACGUGACUGACGGCUUGGUCCCCGCGGAGGCGUGGUCGUUGGAUUUGGGUGACCCCGCCCCUUCCAGCUUUGGCCUUCCCGACAGUGUCGCCAUGCAAACUUAUUUGCAGGGCAGACUGAACUGAAAAGAGGCUUAAUGUAUCCCCCCCUUCCCCAAAAAUUGCUGAGUCGUGAUUAAAGUGAAAGUUGUUUUCGUGUUGUCCAGGUUUCCAUUUCGCGACGUCCCGGAAUAAAAUUAUUUUUUUUUUAUCGUCCAUUUCCAAUGACGUUUCCCUUUUUUUUUUUUUUUUUUGCAUGCAAGGUUGCCAUGACAACAGUUGUGUUGAAAAGGCGGCGGCCUCUUUGACUGUACCGUUGGCACCUAAAAGCAGAAUGUCGUGGCAAACUUGCUCAUUUACGCAACAUGCUUUACUCGUCUCAAGUGACUGAAAUUUGUGACAAUAACAAGAGACUUUGCAUUUCAUUUAAUUUAUGACAGCUAAAUUUGAAUUAUUGGCUGACUGGAAGACAAAAUGCCAAUUUUGGCCUUCUCUGAGACUUGGGAGCUUUUUUGCACCACAAUUUGUGUUGGAAGUGUGUGACAUUGUGUUGUCGCUUUUUCACCGCUGAUAGCCGCCGCAUGCUAAGUCGUCUUGUCACACAAACUACACUGAUGAAGCGUUUAUUGGCAAUGUCUGCGUACAUAAUUCCAGAAAUCAGACAAAUAAACAGUCAUCCUGCACACACAAUUCUUUGAAAAUAUUGUGCUGUUUGUGUUCUUGCCAGCGGAAGGCGCAAAGUGCAAAUCACGGCACAUGACAAGCUUGUCAAAAAUCAAAAAACUAAAAUUGUAUAACGACUCCAAUACUUUACUCAAAAGGUGUUGAGUUUUUUUUGUCAUUUGUAGGUUGAAGUUAGCUAGCUAACUAGCAGCUAAAAUGUUUUGUCAUUUCCUGGCAAAAACAAAAAGCGUAAAUUAUUUUUUUGUCAAUACGCUAGCUUGUUUAGCUAACGCUGUCCAUUAGCGUCCUACUUCUGACACACACAAAAAUAUAACACAGCAAACCAAUUAUGUUUCCCCCAACUUCUGACACACACAAAUAAAACACAGCAAACCAAUUAUGUUUCCUACAACUUCUGACACAUGCAAAAAUAAAACACAGCUAACCAAUUAUGUUUCCCCCAAAGUAAUCAAUGGAAGCAAAGAUACAAAAUUCAUUGAAAAUAUUCCAUUGUAUUUGUCCAUUUUGCAGAUGGCCUCAAAGGCUGAUGCUAAAAUAGUUGCACCACUAUAUUCAUCGUUCACGCAAAAUGUGUGUUUUCAAAAAUUUAACCUUCAUUCAAAAAUCUUUUACAAGGGUGUCCCACUCAAGACUGAAGUUGAUUUGGAAAAGGAGUCCUAAUGUUCUUGAAGGUUUUUUUUUUGAUAAAAGACUACAUUAAAAAUGUAAGAGUUGAGAAAAAGACAACACGAGAAUAUAGUUAUAAUAUUUUGAGAUUAUAUAAUUAUGGUCUGUCAAAAAAGUCUUAUUUUAGUUUUAAAGUCGCAAUGUUCUGAGAAUAAAGUUUUAAGAAUUUUUGUGAUGAUGAAAUAAAGUUGAGUAGAACAAGACCAAUGUCCGAAUGUUACGGCAAUUGU